AUGGGUUUGUUCAAGAGGAAAGAUUCAAAGCACUCGAUUCACAGCGAGGAGGACCAAGAUGCCCAUUCGGCGCAUAGUACACGCAAUUCGACAGCCUCCCUGAGGUCGUCCGCAAUCAGAUCAACUGGAAAUCUACCGGUCUCAAUUCCAGAGGUUCCAAUUUCCAAACCCCCAGACCCAAGCCUCGACCCGGCUGCCUAUUUACGAAGCAUACAUGCCGUUCGAGAGCGCUCCAGAAUUGUGCUGCAAAGAGCCAGGGCAGAUAAAUUGACGCAUUUCGAUGUGGACAUGACCAAAUUCGAAUCCACUGCAUCAUAUGUCGUUUCCAUUAUAAAGAGAGAUUAUGCCCCUGAUUACUCGUCAAUCCCUCCGCACGGUCGUUGGCAACAUUUCGAUGUCGGCGGAAGACCCCGAAUCGACCAGCUUUUACAGUCAUGGCCCAGCACAAUCGAUCCCACAGAACGAACCAGAAGAUUAAUCGACCUGUUUUUGAUAUCUGUUUUGUUGGAUGCCGGCGCAGGAAACAAGUGGUCGUACAAGUCAAAGGAGUCCGGAAAGGUGUUUUCGCGAAGUGAGGGCCUUGCUGUCGCAAGCUUGGAAAUGUUCAAGACGGGUUUAUUCAGCAGCGAUCCCACUGAGCCAUGCCAAGUCGAUGGUGCAGGAUUGAAGAAAGUGACUGUUGAAGCUUUGGCGAGGGGUAUGCAACACUCUGAGCACAACCCACUUGCAGGAUUGGAGGGUCGAGCGGGGCUUUUGCAACGACUCUCCGAGGCGCUGAACAAUCAAGAGCUUUUUGGAGUUGAUGCUCGGCCUGGUAAUAUGCUCGAUUAUCUCCUUUCUCACCCAACAACACUCGCUUCUUCAGUUCCAAUCGUGUCGAUACCCACAUUAUGGUCCGUGCUUAUGGACGGUUUAGCUGCUAUCUGGCCGCCAUCGCGGACACAAAUCGAUGGAGUCUCGAUUGGCGAUGCAUGGAGGUGUUCAAGCUUACCACAACAACCCCCAGCCAAGCCCUGGGAAGGCAUUGCACCGUUUCAUAAAUUAACACAAUGGCUAUGCUAUUCCAUAAUGGUGCCCAUGACGCGGUUGAUGAAGAUUCAUUUCGCCGGCUCCGAGCUUCUAACAGGUCUCCCCGAAUACCGAAACGGUGGUCUUUUGAUUGAUAUGGGAUUGUUGACAUUGAAGAAUGCGGAGAUGGAAAGAGGUCUCAAAGCAUAUGAAGAUAAUGCUCGGAGAGAGGGUCAACCAAGCAUGGAAGUUGUUCCGGUAUUUUCGGCAGAUGACGAUGUGAUUGUUGAAUGGCGAGCCGUCACUGUGGGAUUCUUGGACGAUUUAUUAGAGGAGGUUAAUCAUCAACUUAGUCUCCGGGGAGAUGAGGCUCUCUCUCUGGCCCAACUGCUUGAAGCUGGCACAUGGAAGGGCGGACGCGAGAUUGCCGAAGUCUCAAGACCAAACACCAAAGAGCCACCGAUCAUGAUCAUUUCCGAUGGCACCGUGUUCUAA